ACUUUCUUCCUCAUCUCAAGCUCUCAACUGCUUUGCCCUUACCCCUCUUUGUCGCCCAAACACAUUGUGAUGCUCUUGCUUCCAGAUAUGCCACAGUUCUAUUGUCCACAGAUUUCUCUAUAUAGACCCACCGUGCCCAUAGGAUAGCAUACUUGGUCAACACCCCGCAGCCUGAUCCUUAUCGAUUGCGCCCAUUAGCAACACAUCGCAGACUGGUCAAUCUUGACCUGCAUCUGUUAUAUCUCUUAAUACUGGUUUACUUUUUAUCUCUCUUCCCCUUUUGCGACUCUCUCACCUCUACCUCUUAUUUCCAUCAUGCAUGACCUGCGUCGCCAAGCGCUCGAGAGCGGCAAGACCGUCUCCCGCAAAGCACUCUCCCGCGAGGCUUCGCGGCAUACCUCCCGCACUGGCUCUGCCCAAAAUUCUCGCCAGUCAUCACGCGCAGCUAGCAGACACGCAUCUGAUGAUGAAGAUAAUGGAAAUCUGAGUGAUGACACCACUGCCUGGAGCACAACCUCGUUAGACGACUUGGCUGAAAAUCCCGAGGCCGAUAACACCGAUUGGCCUGAGGAACUGGCCGACCGGAUUAACGAUAUUCUCGAUCGCAAGCGAAGCAGCGUACAGGGCAGGGAGGAGUCACUGUCGGCAUUUUGCCGCCUAUCUAAAUUCCACUACGUUGAAGAAGAGAUACGACCACAUAUUCAGGAUCUACUAGCCGCCUUUUUGCGCAGUAUCAAGUACGAAUUAAGCGUACGCGAGUCGACUCUUGCUCUCAAAGCGCUUGAAUUCCUCGCCCUGACGGCUUACGACGAUACUAUUUACGAUCAUGUCGAGUCACUGCUGACCCGCACCAUACGCGACUCUACGUCACCAGUUGUCAAGGCAGCAGCUAUUUACUGUCUGGGAACCUGCGCCUUCUUUGGCGGAACAAGCGACGAUGCAAAGCUCGACCAGAUGAAUUUCUUCUUGGACAUCGUCGCUUCUGAUGGCCGCUCCAUUGAGGCGACAGACGAUGCAGCAACUGUCACUGCUGCGCUCCAACAAUGGGGGUUCCUUGCCACGGAAAUUGACGAUCUCGAAGCCGACAGCGAAGAAGCCGUCGAAUCCUUUAUCGAUCAACUAGAGAGCAGCGAUCCGGCAGUGCAGGUUGCGGCCGGUGAAAAUAUUGCAUUGCUGUAUGAAAAGAGCUACACGCCUCAAGAAGACGAUGAGGAUGAAGACUCAGACGGAGACGACAAUGGGUCCACAUCGUCCUCCAACGGCGACGGCGACGGGCCGAGAUUAAUCAAGCGAUACGCAGCGUACCACAACACACCACAACUAGAGCGAAUACUCUCCUCUCUCGCAACAGUCUCGGGUAAGCGCAUUAGUAAGAAAGACAAGAAAAGUCUACACAGCAACUUCACCUCCAUCCUAAGGACUGUGGAAAACCCACGUCGGGGCCCUAUGUUCAGCACGGCUAUCAACCAAAACACCAAUCGCCAGUACGGCAGCAAGCGGCAGGUCAAAAUCGGCAAUGAGGGCGUCAUGAAUAUCGACCGGUGGUGGAAAUGGCUCCGACUCGCGUCGCUCCGUCGCAUCUUGCAGGGUGGUUUCAUGGAACACUACUAUCAAGGCAACCGCGCCGUGUUGGACAGUCUACCAGUAAUGCUUCGCGAAUCAACACGAUCGGUUGGUUUGGAUCGUUCAGGGUUUAAGAAGGCAGCUAAGCUGCGCAAUUCGACACGCCGAAUGGCUCUCGGAGAUGAUGCUUAGAAUAUGACAUACGCUUACUCAAUAUGUAUGAAUGAAUUUGAAUAGAUGACGAUUCAUGUUGUAGCAUUUAAGGCAGUUAAAAGGGGCGGUGCUUAUUCAGUCUUCAGCUGAUGCAAAUCAUUACCCAACUCCCCGUCUUUUGCGAGUACGUAUCACUGUAUAAAAUAAGAAUGAGAGCC